AUUUUCAUUGAUUUGAGGAAUAUAUGAAAUAUCCAACAACCAUCUAGAUUUCUCAAUGAAGGAAAUUACAGCUAACUCCGAAGAACAACUUCACGUGAACGGAAGUAGUAAACAAAAUUCCAGAACAUUUCUUCAUUUCCCUUCGCAUAAAUCCAAAUCGAAGCUACAGAAACCGAGCUGUCUCUUAAUCUUUGAACCAUAUGACCUACAACACACACAUACAUGUAUAUAUAUGUAUGUGUAUAUGAAUAUAAUAUAUUCAAUAAGAUUAAAAAAAAAAGGAAUAAAACCUCAGGAACUGCAUGGUUUUUGUUGUACCAUAUGUCCUUUCGCAUAAACUAUUGACUCCACAGCAUUGGUCUUUGGGAGAAGGGAGAAGUGGAGAAACAAAGUGAUUCACCGAUGAAGAAGGAAGGGUGUGAGAUAGAAGCUGCAUAUAUCGACUUCAAGAUCUCUCCAAGGACGAGAGACGUUAACCCUUUCGCGAUCUUUGCCCGGAAACUGCAGCAAGAAACUGAUGAUCAGAAGCUGAAAGUUGAAGAGCCAUGGAAGAUUGAGGAAGAGACAGGCAACAAGAUCAAGCAUGUCUUAAAAGGAGUUACAUGCUGGGCGAAACCAUGGGAGAUUCUCGCAAUCGUUGGUCCGAGUGGUGCAGGGAAGUCUUCUCUGCUCGAAAUUCUUGCUGCUAAAGUCAUUCCGCAAACGGGUUCAGUGUUUGUGAACCAGCGACCUGUUGAUAGAGCCAAGUUCAAGAAAAUCUCUGGUUAUGUCACUCAGAAGGAUACUCUGUUUCCUUUGCUUACCGUGGAAGAAACCCUUAUGUUCAGUGCCAAGCUGCGUUUAAAACUACCUGAAGAUCAGCUGAGAUCGCGGGUCAAGUCUUUGGUGCAGGAGCUAGGCUUAGAAGCUGUGGCGAUGGCUCGGGUUGGUGAUGAUAGGGUCAGAGGAAUAUCCGGUGGAGAGAGACGUCGUGUUUCUAUAGGAGUUGAAGUUAUUCAUGACCCCAAAGUUCUUAUCCUUGAUGAACCCACAUCUGGCUUGGACAGUACUUCGGCUCUGCAGAUCAUAAACAUGCUCAAACUAAUGGCUGAAACCCGAGGUCGGACCAUAAUUCUGAGCAUCCACCAACCGGGCUUUCGUAUAGUCAAGCUCUUCAACUCUGUUCUUUUGUUGGCCAAUGGCUCGGUCUUGCAUCAAGGCUCUGUGGACCAGCUUGGUGGAUACUUGAGGUCAAUCGGCUUGCAGCUUCCUCUCCACGUAAACAUCGUUGAAUUUGCCAUUGAAUCAAUUGAAGCCAUCACCAAACGGCAAAAGACUCAGCAAGGACGGAGUGUAGGUCAUGCCCUGACAUCAGCAACAACACAACAGCAAAAGAAAUCAGAAGAGAUUCAAGGGGGGAGCAGAAGUGGCAGAUCCACACUACAACAGUUGUUUCAACAAUCCAAGGUUGCUGACGAGGGAACCAUGAAUGUUGGAACUGAAUUCACCAGAAAUUUCGCAAAUUCAAGAAUAGAAGAGACUAUGAUACUCACUCGUAGGUUCUCGAAAAACAUAUUUAGAACUAAGGAGCUGUUUGCUUGCAGGGCGGUUCAGAUGUUAGCUUCAGGAUUUGUUCUUGGUCUGAUUUUCCAUAAUCUUAAAGAUGAUAUCGUUGGUGCACGAGAAAGGGUAGGCCUAUGUGCGUUCAUUUUGACGUUCCUGCUAACUACAACAAUAGAGGCACUGCCGAUAUUUCUGCAAGAAAGGGAGAUUCUAAUGAAAGAGACCUCUAGUGGGAGCUACAGAAUAUCGUCAUAUGCAGUUGCUAAUGGACUCGUCUACUUGCCAUUUCUGCUCAUCCUAGCUAUCCUAUUCACAGUCCCAGUAUACUGGUUGGUGGGUCUAAACCCUAAUUUCAUGGCGUUUCUGUACUUUCUGUUGCUGAUUUGGUUGAUUCUUUACACGGCAAACUCAGUUGUCGUGUGUUUUAGUGCACUGGUUCCUAAUUUCAUCGUCGGAAACUCAGUGAUUUCCGGUGUCAUGGGCUCGUUCUUUCUAUUCUCCGGCUACUUCAUAUCGAAGCACGAGAUCCCCAGAUACUGGAUUUUCAUGAAUUACAUCUCCCUGUUCAAGUAUCCAUUCGAAGGGUUUCUGAUAAACGAGUUCUCCAAGUCAAGCAAGUGCUUGGAGUACGUUCUUGGGAAAUGCCACGUCACUGAGGAGGGUCUACUAAGAGAAGAAGGGUAUGCAGAGGAGAGUCGAUGGAGGAAUGUUGUGAUCAUGGUUUGUUUCAUCUUUGUCUACAGGUUCAUUUCCUAUGUGAUCCUGAGGUGUAGGUGCUCCCAAAGAAGUUUCAAGGGCGCCCUAGUUUGAAGGAUAUGGAUAAAAUACUGUCUUUGAUCUAUGUCUUUGCAUUACAGGUUUUGUUCACAUGUUUCAUAAUUUACUUCGUAUAGCUUCCGAAGAAGAAAACUCAGUUUCAAUAAAGAAGUGGAAAAAAAAAGUCUUCUCCUGCAAAUAGAUCUUUCCUCUGAUUUUAUAUCAUA